CACCGGUGGAACUACAGUCGGUUUUCUUAUUAACUCACUCACAAAGAUUCUAUUAAAACUAUGUCAGAUUUACAAGCAAAAUACCAGCGGCUUGCGUCCGAGUAUUCUAAGUUAAAAGCACAAAUUCCAGUUCUGAAGAAGGCUGUGGUAGAUGAACAAGCACUUCAAGAGAAGUUGAAGGUGAACAUUAAGGAAAAAGACCAGUCAGUGCGCAAAUAUGAACAAGAGGUUGACAGUUUAACAUUUCGAAACCAACAAUUAGCAAAACGGGUCCUCUUUUUACAAGAAGAACUUGAACAAGUGUCUACAACCAAGAGAAAAAAUAAAGUAAGCUAUUCUUCAACUAUUUUACUGUUGCCAUAUAUACUGAUAUAUUCAAAUUACUAUCACCAUCUUCAUUUAAUUGUAUAUAAUGUUCUGCAGGUAUUUGAAACCCAGCAAGAAUAUGACAGCCAGCUACAUAAAUUACAAGAACAACUUUCAAAGUAUGAAAAGGAAUCUAGUCAACACCAUGAAGUUCUGUCUCUUACAGUUCAGAAAGGAAAAUCUGAAGUUGAAAAACUACAACAGGAUAAAGCGAUGAUGGAGGUGAAAAUUCAAACUCAGCAGGGACAAAUUCGAGAAUAUAAAAAUCAAGCUGAAAGAAUUGAAGACCAUCUUCGUGAUGUUCAAAAACAUUUAACUCGGAAACUAAAUAAUGCCACCAAAGUCAUAGAAAGUAACCUUCCAUUCAUUGACUCAAGUAUAUCAGAGUACAACAGCCUAAAUCUACCAACGCAUGACAGAAAAUACCAACUGCAAGCCCGUGAACUAAUGUCUCAAGCUGUUAACAUUGUUAGUGCCUUUGCUCAGGCCUUUGCAAACUUCUGCUCUUAUUCAGAACAACGAGCUCACAGUAUAUCUACAAUGGAGUCACAUGAUCACCCACUUUCAGUUAUCAAUAAAAAGUAUGCUCACUUUCUGUUUGAAAGUGCUCCAUAUUUUAAAAAACUGGAGAAAACUCUAAAAGAAUUCAAUGAAGAGGUUGGAGAAAAUUGUUUUACAACAUUGGAAACUGCUGUUGGCCUACAGCCUUUUGCCAAAGCAUUCCACUUAGCUGCUGCUUAUUUGAAUAAACUGCUACCAUACCAACAAGAAAGUCUUCACCAAGAAUGUGCCCUGUCAACAUGUACUUCGAUGUUAGAAGCUAAAAACAAAGACUUAAGUCAGUCUUACCAGAAACUAAAUGCUGUGAUAAACAGACUUGAUACUUAUAUCAAUAUAUUGGGAGCUCAGAGUCAUAAAUCCUAUUCCCAUUGUAAGAGAAACCACAAAAGGUUCUUUUCAGAACUAACCACAUCAGUAACUUACUUACAUGAAGCUAUCAAAGAUGUUUCCAAACACUUUAAUUCCAAGAUAUCUAUGGAACAUCAACUUCCAACAGCUUCACAGUCUCUGAAGACUUCUGAUGAGUGUAUUGUUUCAUCACUAGUCUCUCUCGUCACAUCCACAGGCAAAUUGUCAGCGUUUUUAUCUGGAAACCAAGACUUCCUUACCCAACGAGUAAACUAUCGCCUGAGAGGCAGCAGCACUGGUGAUACAACCCAACACCAAGAGGAUCACACAAACCCAAUUGUGGCCUUGUACCGUGAGCGAGCUGUUAAAUACCUAGAGAGUAUACAAAGUGCUCAACCUGAAAGUGUCCCCCAUAGAAUGGCCAUACAAAACAGAAAGAUGCUUCUCAGUUCAACAGAAAGUAAAGAAAGUCUUUUGAAACAGUUGCAAACUUUCCAACAAAAAGUAGGUAAACUGGAACAACAGAAGGAACAUUACAUGCUUGAACUGCAGCUUCUGAAAAUGAAAUAUGAAAAUGAAAUCCAAAAAGUGAAACAACUUGAGAAGCUUCUGGAAGAUCCACAAAAGCUAUCAGGUCGUUCAUCUGUGUUAAGCCAUGUUAUGGGGGAGACUUCUGCGGCUAACACUGUCACUGGUGGUGAAAGUGAGCACUUUGAUUCCAGUACCCAGCAUUCUCCAUCACUUGACUCUAGAACAGGCCAUAUACCUAUAUCAGAUGGUGAUAGCCGUGAACAGCUAAUGAAAGCAUCCUCAGUCGAUGCUGACAGCCGGGAACAAUUGAUCAAAGACCACCUAACUAAUCGUAUUAACCAACUAACACUGAAUCUUCAGUUGGCUGAAAGCAAAGCAAUUAAUUUCCAUGCAGAGGUCCGGGCCUUACAUAAAAGAUUAGCCAUUGCAGAAGAAGCCAAAGAAAAAUCUAUUGAGGAAUUAAAACAGGCCACAACAGUGCAAGCCCAGUUGAAAGAUGAGUUAGCUACCACAACUCGUAGCUAUGAGGGCCAACUCCGAAUGAUGAGUGAGCAUUUGGCCAGUAUGAAUGAGAAACUUACCACUCAGAAGGACGAGAUUGAUGAAUUAAAGAUGCAGCAAGCAAUGUCUAAAGGCCAAAAGAAGUUCAAGAAAUGACCAUCCAUCAUAUUUGUAAUUACAUGUGUGUGUGUAUUUAUGUAUGUGUGUGAUGGUCUGCGGCCACUUGGACACAGUGCUAAGCUGUUGUGUCUUCAUGGACCAUGACUUUUAACCUGUCACAAUUAUUGCACUGUAACCGUGAACAUUUCACUCAAAUCGGCAUCAACCUGGAGAAGGAUAUUGGCACUGAUAAACCAUGUUUAAUAUG